UCAAACGAUGAGUAUGAUCUCUCACAAAACACAAAGUAAUCGAAAUUGUGUAGAUGGUGUAACGUUAGCAUUUACAGAAAGAAGCAAUGUUAUUAAUGUUUUGAAAUCUCAUAUUAACAAGUACUACAAUACAUUUAUUAUUCUUAUAACAGUGUGGUGAAUUCUAUAUAUCAUUCAUAUUGGAUGUCAAUUCAUUGCAUUGUUAUUAAUUUGUUUUGGAUGUGUGCGCAGUAAAGACGCAUUGGCGGGAAAUAAGAAGAAACAAUUUAUCAAAACUUACUGUUUUUACUUUAAUUUAUUUUUAAUUCAGUGCUAUUAAGUUACUGUACGAACACGACACCGAUUUUACAACAGGAAUAAAUAAAUAAAAAUAUCCGAUGGCAGAGCGGCUCGAAGAUCUUAAUUUACCGAAUGCAGUUGUGACAAGGAUAAUAAAAGAAGCGUUGCCAGAAGGGGUUACAAUAGCCAAAGAUGCCAGAACUGCAAUAGCCAAAGCAUCUUCAAUUUUUAUACUGUACUUAACAUCCUCUGCAAAUAUAAUUGCCAAGAAAGGAAAUCGAAAAACCAUAAGUGGCUCAGAUGUUAUUCAUGCAAUGAAUGACAUAGAAUUUGAACAAUUUAUUGACCCACUGCAAGAGUCGUUAGAAAAUUUCCGUAAGGUUCAAAAAGAAAAGAAAGAUGCGACAUCUAAAAAGAAGCAACAGAAAAAGGAUGAAGACGAUGUAAUAGAAGAAGAAGAAGGUGGAAGGGAAGUGAUGGUUUUUUGAACUAUAUUAAAUAUAGAAGAAUCACAUAUUUUACAGGAUUAUCAAAUAAAUCUAACAACUUUGUCACAUUCUAUUUAUUAUUUUUAAAUGAAAUGUAAAAUAUAUUAAUAUAAAAAAACAGUUAAAGUUUAAAAUAAUUUUGUUCCAUAUCAUCAAUUAUAAUUACAUUUGAUUCUUUAAAGAAAUCUAAAUUAAAAGUUCCUUGUUUAAAACUUUUUAUUUGUGUUUUAACAAUUUUUGUUUUAAUAAUACACAUAAAUGAAUAAAAUUUCAAUGUUUUAUUAAUGUAUGCUUUUAAGAUACUGCAUUUAAGAAGUGAAUUUUUAUAAAAAAAUUUCCUCAUAUAAACUAUCAUUUACAAAAAGCUUGCACUAUCUUUAGUUUUUGCAUUAUUAACUCUUAACCACUGUAAUACAUUAAAAUGUCUUAAUUUGUAUUGUAUAAGGCUAUCAUAUGUACAGAUAUGUCAGAAAUGAUUUUAUAUAAAAAUUGAUAUUUGUAGUCAAGUGUUAAUAAAUGCAAUUUACUUUUUUAUUUUCAGAUGUUUAAUAUUUU